AACGUCUUUACAUUUUUAAUAGCUAGUUCGCCGUCUACGCUCCACGUGUUUCCACGUUCAAAUGUAAUUGCCACAGUUAGUCAGUAACUAACGCGAGGUCACGAUAACAAUAGCUAACCUGCUAACUGAAAGCUAACAGACAGUUGGCGUGCAGUGGCUUCAGUGUAACCUCAGAUUGACAGUUCAGUGUGUGAGCAGAGAGGAUGGACAACGUUACCGUGUCAGCCUCAGAUGGGACAGGAGAGUGUCCUCUGGCACCCGAGGACAUGGAAGGGAUCUGUGUAAUGCCGGAUUUGGGUGCCAUCAAGACAGAGCAGUCGACAGGAGAUGACCCAGGGACCCAGAAUGUGGCCAUGGGCAUCAAGUUCAUCCUGCCCAACCGCUUUGACAUGAAUGUUUGCUCCAGAUUUGUCAAGUCGCUCAACGAGGAGGACAGCAAGAACAUCCAGGACCAGGUCAACUCUGAUCUGGAGGUGGCUUCUGUUUUAUUUAAAGCCGAGUGCAAUAUCCAGACCUCACCUUCCCCAGGUAUACAAGUACGCCAUGUUUACACACCAUCCACCACCAAACAUUUCUCCCCCAUCAAGCAGUCCACCACACUCACCAAUAAGCACCGCGGCAAUGAAGUUUCUUCCACGCCUCUUUUGGUGCAUUCUCUGUCCAUUCAUCAGCUCGCGGCCCAGGGUGAAAUGGUGUUUCUGGCCAGCAGGAUUGAACAAGAGACUGUGAUCAAUCUCCAAGAUGAGGAAGGCUUUACCCCCCUGAUGUGGGCAGCUGCACAUGGACAAAUCGCUGUUGUCGAGUUUCUGCUCCAAAAUGGUGCUGACCCCAACCUCCUGGCCAAAGGGAGGGAAAGUGCAUUGUCCUUGGCCUGCAGUAAGGGAUACACCGAUAUUGUGAAGAUGCUCAUUGACUGCGGGGUUGACGUCAAUGAAUAUGACUGGAAUGGAGGAGCCCCUCUGCUAUACGCUGUCCACGGGAACCAUGUGCGCUGUGUCGAAAUCUUGUUAGAGAGUGGUGCUGACCCUACCAUAGAGUCAGAUUCUGGAUUCAAUGCAAUGGACAUGGCUGUGGCUAUGGGCCACCGGAAUGUUCAACAGGUGAUGGAGGCACACUUACUGAAGUUACUGAUGGGAAUCAGAGAAUGAACUGUGACACUUGAGGAAAACAAAUACUGAAGGGACAACGCUGGGCUCUGGACAAUCAUUUAGCACGCCCAGGCUGUCGACCAACAGAAAUAGUUUGUUCCAUUAAGUGACAUUUCAACAGCGUUGCAUCAUAUCGAUAUUAUGUUGUUGGCAUGAUGCACGAUAAGGUUUGUGCCGUGUAAAUGUUCAAUUUUAACCCUCCCCCAAACUGUUUUACUCUGCACUUUUUCACACCGAAUGGGGAGUAGCAAAUCAGCUCGAGAUACACUGAAAGGUUUUCAACAGGAACGUAAAAAGUUACGUUCGUCACUACAACCCAGCAUGCACUGCACUGCACCUGUAGUAUGCUGUAAAAUGUGCAGUGCAGUGUAUGGUUGAUUUUGAUUGAAAUACGCAUGGAGGUUUUGUUUUGAAUCUUUUAAUAUUGUAUAUUUACAUUAUCCUUUUGCCAUCAUGGCAAGUGUUUUUAAACGAGCUUAUUAACCAUAAUAAUAAACCGUUCUGAAGAAUUAAAGAAUAUUAAUAUAAUACGUUGAAUUUCCUGACAUUCAUGCUGUAUGGUCUUCAUAGUGAGCACAUUUGUGAGGCUCCGCUGAAGACUGCAGUGGGUGGACUGGAAAUACUUUAUGUACUGGAAGGCCUAUGGCACAGACUGUGUGCUUUCACGACGCUGCCAAGCUGUUUGUUUUUCCUGAAGAUGUUUGUGUUGGUUGUACUGAGUUUAUUUAUUUGAAUAAUUUGGACAUUGUGUCGUAAUGUGAUAAAAUGAUCAUAUUGAUGUAAGUCCUUUGUGUUUCUCUGUAUUGUGAUACUAAUUUCUACUGAUGUGUUGUGACCUCACACCUCAUUUAAAUGUCCCACGGGGUUAUUGUGGUGCUGUUUGCCACUGUAUGAGUGUGCUUGUGUUUUAUACCAGUCGUACUGUAAGUGGUGUAUCAAGAAAUUACUUGUACUGACCUCAGUCUCAGACAUCAUUCUGUACAGAUAUUUAUCUGAUUGCAAGUCAGAAAGGUCAAACCACUGUUUAUAGUAAUGGAAAUUAAGCUGUUAUUUAAUUAAAAUAUCUUUUUAAACUGCA